AUGGAAUGCUGCGUAACCUAUAUAAAGGUCAUACUCUCAUUCCCUUCGACAGCUUCCUUCAAAUCUCGAUAGACUCGACUCCAUGUUGACUCAGUUGCUCACUCGGUCCCUCUCCUCUAUCACUUCUAUCAUCUCUCGGUUUACGUUUUCUGUUGUCCCACUCUCCGCCGCCGUCGCCAUCCUCUGUCUGCGGCAACCGGCGUCUGGAGUAGGCCCCGACAGGAAUCAAUUCCAUCUCUUUAGGGAGAUUUUUAGAGAGAGAAAGAGCAUGGCAGGUGGAGGAGGUACCGAAGAGGCCGAGGAGCCGGAGCCACCAAAGCAGCAGCCACCCGCCAUUUCUUACUACAUUACCAUCCCUCCUUCGUGGCGUGAGUCUCUCUCUACAAUCCACUCUUACAAUUGUUUAUUUAUUUUGGUCAAAUUUAUAAAAAAAUGUGAUGUUGAAUCAGCCCAAAUCCUCUAGGAAAUUUGAUGUUGUAUCGGCCCAAAUCCUGCUCUGAUUUUUUAUACAUCUACUACAUGGUUUUGAGAAGUCCCUUCCUUGUUUACGGUUCUUCAACAUGGAAAAUUUUCUUUACAAUGUUUUAAUUCAUUUAUUUAUUGCAGACAGUAGAUGUAUUUGUUUGACAAUCAAUUUUCCUAAAAGCUUAAGCUUGUAAUAUUUGGAUCAAUAAUGUAUACCAUAUACUCUAAUAACCUCCUCAGGAGUAGCUUCCCUUUGAGCUUAGAAGUAAGCUUAAUAAAUUGGGGAAUAAACAUGUAAGCUUUCAAUAAAUGAAGCUCUGACACCAUGUCAGACAAUUAAUUUUCAUGAAAGCUUAAGCGUCUAGGAUUUGAGUCCAUAAUAUAUAUAUAUAUCAUGCACUCUAGCAAUAUUAAUUAUGGACAAAAAGUACACGAAAAGGAUGAAGGGUCCUUUCCACAAUGACAAAAACUUGAACAAAAAAUGACUAUACUACUCCACUAUACAUGAGGAUUAUGUUGCAUAGGUUUGAGUAUGAGCGUCAAAUGCGAGUAUGUCUCUAGACGUUUGAACUUUCACAACUCAAAUUUUAGAAUAAGUGGACUCAACUAAAAAAAUCCAAAAAAGCAGGCACGGGGUAUUGUGAUACGGUAUAAUAAAAGAAAAAUCAAUUCGAAAUAAAUUGCAAGUGAAGAUCUCUUUUUUAAUAGCUCCAAUCUUUUCCCUCUAAUCCUUUUUUUCCUCUUAUCCCUAAAUAUUCUUACAAAGGUAAGCUUUUCAACUAACUAUUCUUUUUCUCUAAUGUAAUUAUUACUAAGAAAGUUGAAAGAAGAAAAUGAUAACGAUGAAAAAAUCAAUCAACUACAUCCAAAGUAAAAUAAGAGUGUUCGACAAGAAUUCCAUACUCACACCCAUAUCAUAUUGUUUAGAUAUGGGUAUGUUGGGUGAAAUUAAAGGAUCUAGAUAUCAUAGCAUGGAGACCUAUACAAAAGGGUUAAGUUGAUGUAAGAAAAUCCAUAGAUGUGAUCUCGUUAAUUUGCUUUACAAAAAUUCAUGGAUGCUUUACAAUGUUGUGAAACAUACUUUAAACAUAUUCCAAUACAUGCAGGUGUUACAUUAACUGUUGUGAAUGGCUGACUACCACCAAUCUUUUUAAAGAUGGAAUCAAUAUUGCUAUCAAACAUAAUGAUGGUAUAUUGCAUGAUGGAUCGUUGUGGUCAUGUCAUUGGUAAUGAUGCUUAAUGUUAUCUCUUUCCCUACCAUUUUGAUUGCUUAUUUGAUGUUGUUAUAUCAAUUUUUAUGCAUAAAAUAGGCAGUCCUGCAAAAAUAGUUGCAUAAAGUAGUUUAUGUUAAACAAUUGAUGUUAUAUUUGCUCAUAUUUACUUUGAUAUACCUUUUUCAUUUGAAGGUACUUCUACAACAUAGUUUUAAGAAGUCUCUUCCUUGUUUAGGGUUUUACAACAUGGAUAAUUUGUUUUAUAUUGGUAAGUAUGAUAUACAUUAUGAACCCAAAUUCUAUAAGCUUAAGCUCUUAGGAAAAUUAGUGGUUCAACAUGGUAUUAGAGCCUCAUUUGGUGGGAGGUCAAGUGUUUGAACCUCACCAUCGCAUGUUUAUUUCCCCAAUUAAGCCAACAUGUAAGCUUAAAAAAGGAAAAAGCGGCUACAUGUGAGAAAGGGUGUAGGAGAGUAUGAUAUACAUUAUGAACCAAAAUCCUAUAAGCUUCAACUUUUAGGAAAAUUAGUAGUUCAACAAUUUACAAUGUGCUAAAGCAUGCUUCAAAUAUGGCUUUGCCAUGUUAUAUGAAGUUCCAAGACCUGCAAGUGUUCCAUUAGCUAUUGCCAAAAAGGUUGACUACCACUAAUUUUCUAAUAAAGAUGGAAUCAAUACUGUUGUUAAACAUAAUGAUGGUUAGUGUUUACUCUUUUGUUCAUCCUUUGAACUUUGUUUUCCCUUACUAUUAACAUUCUCAUGCUUCUUGCUUCCUCAUGCACAUUAUAUGUAUGGAAAGAUUUGUGUUUUAUGCCCUUCAUAUGGUGGAGUUAUAAUGUAGGUUGACAAUAUUAUAGCCAUUUUUGUAACCAUAAUUGGUUCCAUUGAAAGGAGGGGUCUAUUUACAGAUUAUCUUUCCAUGCUAGGUAGGUUUGCUAUGAACUUUUAGUUGGUUAAGACUUUUGAAGAGGUCUUGCUCUGAUAUCAAUUGUUGUUAUGAAGAAGCAAACUUACCAAGAUCCACAUAAGACAAUAAUUUAAAAUGCUAUCAAGUAAAAGGAUAGUGGAAGAGAGGCUGCGAGCAAGGUUUUAUUGUGGUUUGGAAAAUCUCUAGCCUAGGUUCAUGCUUCCAAACUCCUUCAAGCCUUGAGAAUUUUCACUGACUCAAGAAUCUUCUAAUUAAGACUCAAGCAUGCACUUGGUUUACUAGGUAUUAGGUGACCUUUUUCCCUUGAGUGACUUCCUCACACUCUCAUCAAGCUUUUACAAGGCUUUCACAAGGUUCUUAUAACCUUUAAGAGAGAAUCAAAAUAAAACUUUCUUCGAAGAGUAGGUAUACAAUUGAAGGGCUUGACUUUGUGUGAUGAAAUGCACAAUUAAUGAUAAAAAUGAUUUGGAUACAAGCUGGUAAUGAUUUUCAAUGGUGUGUCUUUUGCUUUAAUUUCAUUAUACAUUAAAUUUUAUACCAUUUGUUUUUUUAUUUUUAGAAUAGAAGGACAACCUUGAACUACUCAAUGCUUUAUGAUUUCUUGUCUUAGGUAACAGUAUUAUUAAGUGUAUAGACCAUUUCCGCUUUUAUCUAUCUUUUGAUUUUUUAGCUAUGUUCACAUGCAAAGAAUAUGCUAUCUUUUAAUUCUUUUCAACCAAAAUGAUAUUGGUUUAAUCAAGGGUGUUUGAUUGUAUAUAUGUUUUUUGAAAUCUUCACAAACCUAAUUUAAUUUAGAUUUAAAUAGUGCUUAAUGCUUAACCAAUUGCAAAGCAUCAUGUGUCUUGGAACUUAGUAUUACAUGUGCAAAAUAGUUUUAUACUUGACACCUGAUACACCUUGACUUGGGCCUUUGAUGCAUGGAUAGGUCCAUUCUCUCUUUUAUAUUAUUCUCUUCACAUCUCUCCUUAAUGCCAUCAUGUUAUAACAUUUGGAUAUGAAUUCUUAUUUUUAAGGUCAUCCUUGAGUCAUCUAGAUGCCUAUUGAAUAUGGAUGCUUGUGGAAGAUGUCAAAGGGGUCUUUCCUGUUCUACCUCUUGGCAAAGAUGAUAUUAUGUGGUGUCACAGUCGAAACAAAGCCGUGAUGGUAAUAUGUAUCCUCGUGUUGGGAGUAGGGCUUGUGGGGACUUAAAUGGACUUGAUGUACUUUAAUAGUGAAGUUGGCCUUUUUGCUAUUGAGCACUUUGGGGUUGGUUUGAAAGUCUUGGUUUGGUAGCUAGUGUUGAAAGUAGGAUUGGUGUGUAUGGAGCUCAUUGGCUAGAAUGAGAAGGAGAGGUACACUUGUGACUCCAUGGCAUAUGUCAUAUUUAAAGGCUUCCCUAUUAUCAUGGAAUAAUUUGUGGGAGUUAUUAUUUUGCAGCAUUGUAAAAAGCUCCAUUUCUUCCCAAACAAAAUAAGAAAGAAAUUUUAGAUCUCCUAGAACUUGUUCCUUGAUUCCACUACCACUUUCUCCAACCCCCUCUUGCCUCCCACUCUACUCGUUCUCCCCUUAAACUCUUGAUAUUGCACUACCCCAGGUUGAUUGGUCUCCUAUAGUUAAGAACCACAUAAACAAACAUUUGAGUUAAAAAAUACAAAUAGGGGUAGAGUCUCAAAAGAUUAUUCAAAAAAAUUGUAAUAUAUUAAUGUCAUGUUGGCUCUUGAGGCUUGGCUCAAGUAGGAAGGGGUUAGAGAAGGUUUACAGUAGUUUCUAAGUUUAAGCCCCAAUCGGGACAAAAAUUUACCUAUUAAUAAAAACAUUAAUAUUAUGUUAACAAAAAAAGACUUGACAUGACUAUUCAAAAUGUUCAAUUUAGAACCCUAAGAUUCACAAGUGUGGGUGGGAAAAAAUGAAUAGGACUAUUAAACUAAUGUGAUUUUAUAUACAUGUGUUUUAUUUAGAGCAUUUCAUAUAUGAGAAGAUGUAGAAUAUCAAAACAAAGAGAAAAAAACAUUAUUUGAUUGGGAAUGAUAUUAAUUUAUUAAUAUUAUUUUUAAUGAUUCUAUAUUUUGAUCAUAAACCUAAUAACAAUAACUUUAUAGAAAUAGGCAUGAGAAAGCGAAACCGUGGUAUUUGUAGAACAUGAUAUUUGUUGACUUAUUUAAUAAUAAAUUGUACAUUGAUCGGCUCAAUCACAUUAUAUAUUUUGAGCAUAAACAUAAUAAAAAUAACUUCAUACAAAUAGGCAUGAGAAAGUGAAAGCAUGUUGAACAUGAUAUUUGUUGGCUUAUUUAAUAAUAAAUUGUACAUUGAUUGGCUUGAUCAAUGACAUCAUUUUAUUAUUUUAUUUUCGCCUUUAACAUUCAUGAUCAUCUCAAUAAUAAUCCAUGUGUCAAACAAGGAAUUACAAAAUAGACAACAACAAACACCAAAAGGGUAGGUGAAUAAGAAAUUAACUAAUAUGUUAAUUUAAUUAAUAGCAUAAUCGUAUUAAGAAAUUCUUUUAAAAAUAUCUUAUAACUUUAUAAUUUUCACAUCCUUCACAAAUCGAAAUAAUAUUUUGAGUUGGUCUUAAGGAAGAUUCAUGAAUUAAUAAUUAUUUUUUGACACAGUCACUUCUAUAAGGUUUCUUUGUUUAAGGAAAACGUUUUAUAUAACAUAUAUUGUUAUAAAUUAUUUUAUUGGGAGAUUCAAUAACAUGAUAAGAAAAUUAUUUAACAAUUGAAAACUAUAUUGUAUGGCUAUUUCAAAACAAUUUUAUAUUUGUAUAUUAAAAACAAUCUAGGGCUAUAACUUUAAAAAUAAAAAAAUAAAGGAAAAAAAAUUCAAAGUUCCCUUAGUCUUGAUACAUUAGGGGUAUUUUUGGCAACAAAAAAUUGAAGGCGUUUAUAUCUCUUUCCCUCUCUUUCUUUUUGUAUACUUUUCUAUCCCUAUACACAUCUGUCUCUCCUUCUCAUCGCCAGGUCACCUUCUUUGAUAAAUCAUGGACAUAUUGCUUUAUUCUAGCACCAUGUUUCUUUAAUCUCAUCAACCACCAACCCUCUCUCAAACCCCGAUCUUGCUCUCUUCAUUUGGUUUCUUCACAAGAGAUUCCUUCUAGAUUUUGAUUCUAAACUAGUUUUAUAUAUUGUUUGUGUUUCUUUUUGUUGAUCACUUCAUUUCAAUUCCCAUUUAUUGAAGUUAUAGAGUUUGAAUCGAUUCUAGGGUUUCUAAUAAGUCCUCUUUUGGGUUUGAUUUGGGGGUUAUGGAGAAGGGUAGUGAUUCAGAGGAGUUUGUAAUGUCUCGAAUUCGGCCUGGCUUCAAACGGGAGUUUGCCUUUGUGGUGAAAGCUCAAUCAAUGAUUGGUGGUUCUUUAAGUCUAGGUCGGACUCGAACUCAAACUCAAACUAAAAAAGAUAGAGGUGGGCCUUCAAGGAAUAGGGUUUUAGAGAACUCAAUUAAAAAGAGGCAAAAAAGUUCCAGUUUGGAUUCACAAAAAAAUAAUGUGGAGGAAAGGUUUCCUGAAGAUCGAGUUAGGAGCAAUGAUGGCAAAUCGAUGGACAACAAGGUGGUGAGAAGUGGGCAAGGGGAGCAGGGGAAUGAUUCGACGGAUAAUCCAAUGCAAAUCAGUCGUGAUAAUGAAUCCAUGAGCGGUCCUGCAGAAGAAGAGGAGUUGGAUUAUCUUCCAACUUCCACGCUUAGAGAGGGGGUAAAGACAAGUAGAACUCCAAGUGUGGAUGGGCUGAAGAAAGCACCAUCAAGUCAAAAUCAAAGGAGGGUUUCUCGAGUUACUUUGAAGCCUAAAGCCAAUGCUAUGAAGAUAUCUGUUGUCAACAAUGGUGAGAAGAAUGUGGUGAAAAUGGGGAGUAGUGCAUUGGUGCCUUCAACUCUAAAGGGGUUUCCCACAAAAUUAAAGGAGCUUCUUGACACGGGUAUUCUUGAGGACUUACCUGUGCAGUACAUUCGAGGCUUAAGAAGAAAAGAAAAUGGGGAAUCCGGGCUUCAUGGGGUGAUAAAAGGCUCUGGGAUCCUCUGUUAUUGUGAUACAUGCAAGGGAACAAAUGUGGUUACGCCAAAUGUAUUUGAGCUGCAUGCUGGUAGUUCAAAUAAACGUCCCCCAGAGUACAUUUACCUUGAGAAUGGGAAUACCCUUCGGAGUGUAAUGACUGCAUGCUCAAAGGCUACAUUGAAGGCCUUGGAUGAAGACAUUAGAGUGGCAAUUGGUUCAUCCAUAAAGAAAUCUACAUUUUGCUUCAAUUGCAAAGGUUCUAUUUCUGAAGUUGGCACCAGUGAUUCACUGGUGUUAUGCGAAUCAUGUGUGGGACUAAAGGAGUCUCACGCUAGCCCUGCUCAACCAACUGGUACUAGUGAUAGGUCAACAAAAACAACGACUGUGUCCAAGUGCAGCUCAUCAGGAAGUAAGAAUUAUGGGCGGGUAACUAAAAAAGAUGUGGGCCUUCAUAAGUUGGCUUUUGGGGAAAAUGACCUGCCUGAAGGAAGUGAAGUGAGCUACUAUGUUCGUGGAGAGAGAUUGCUAAGUGGUCAUAAAAAGGGUUGUCGAAUCCUUUGUGGUUGCUGCAACUCCGAGGUCAGCCCGUCUCAAUUUGAGGCCCAUUCUGGUUGGGCUUCACGCAGAAAACCUUACCUGCAUAUUUACACAUCUAAUGGGGUUUCUCUUCAUGAACUCUCACUAUCUCUAUUGAGAGGGAGGGAACCUUCUAUCAACACCAACGAUGAAAUCUGCAGUAUAUGCCUAGAUGGAGGGACACUGCUAUGUUGUGAUGGAUGCCCAAGGGUGUUUCACAAAGAAUGUGUCUCACUGGAAAACAUCCCCAAGGGCAAGUGGUUCUGCAAAUUUUGCCUUAAUACAUUGCAAAAGGGCAAAUUUGUAGAACGCAACGCCAAUGCAGUGGCUGCAGGAAGGAUGGGUGGGGUUGACCCAAUUGAACAAAUUAGGAAACGAUGCAUUCGCAUCGUAAAAAAUCAAACCGAUGAAGCAGGAGGAUGUGCUUUGUGCAGAAGGCAUGAAUUCAGCACAUCUGGGUUUGGUCCUCACACUGUUAUGAUUUGCGAUCAGUGUGAGAAAGAAUUCCAUGUCGGAUGCUUAAAGGCACAUAAUAUAGAUGAUUUAAAGGUGGUACCCAAGGGGAAGUGGUUCUGUUGCCGUGACUGCAAAGACAUUAAUUCUUCUUUGCGGAAGAUAGUGGUUCGUCAAGAAGAGGAACUUCCAGAUGAUGUUUUGAGGAUUAUAAAAAAAAGAUAUGGAAGAAAAGGUUCUGUUUGCAGUGGGAAUCCUGAUAUAAAAUGGAGGCUCCUUCAUGGGAGACGGGCUUCUGCUACUGAAGCAGGAUCAUUGCUUUCUCAGGCUCUAUCCUUAUUUCAUGAACAGUUCAAUCCGAUUGCUGAUGCAGAAGGUCGAGACCUUUUACUCGACAUGGUGCACAGCAACAGCACAGGGGAGCUGGAGUUUGGAGGCAUGUAUUGUGCCAUUUUAACAGUAGGCUGCCAGGUUGUAUCAGCAGCAACCUUUCGAGUUCUGGGAAAGGAAGUUGCAGAACUGCCUUUGGUGGCAACGCGUAGUGAUUGCCAAGGCCAGGGUUACUUCCAGGCCUUGUACACAUGCAUUGAAAGACUACUUUGCUUUCUCCAGGUGAAUAGUCUUGUGCUUCCUGCCGCUGAAGGAGCUGAGUCCUUAUGGAUUAACAAGUUCAAGUUCCAUAAAAUGGAACAGGAGGAGCUGAACCAUCUCUGCAGAGAUUUCCAGAUGAUGACCUUCCAAGGGACAUCGAUGCUGCAGAAGCCGGUCCCUGAAUAUCGUCGGAUAAGCCAAGAAAAGCUGAAGAUUGGUUCAUAUUAGCAAUGCAUGAAAAUGGGGAACAUCCAGUCUCAAAAUUUUGAACUAUUUGUGCGGAUAAAAACAGUAACGGAAAUUUGUGGCAUGUAGCCAAGAAGAAGGCAGACAUGUACGACAGUAGGUUUCUUUAUUUCUUCAAAUGAGUUUGUUGUCUGCUUUUCAAGAGAGACAAGGAUGAGGGCAAACAGUAUCUUUUUCUAUUAUGAAAGGGAAAAAAAUG